CUUUUGGGUCAGAGCAGAACCAAACUGUGCCAUUGACAAUUGGGUAGAAUACAACUCACAGAAACUCUUCUUUCCUAUGUAGCAUUCCCCUUUGAUGUAUAUUUGUCUUUGUUUUGGACCCAUGCACUGCUGACCUGGAAUCUUAACUUGCGUCACUGUCUAUACAACAGAGUUCAAAGCCCUUCAUCUUUGGAUAGUUGGCAAAUGCCUUGGCAGCAGCUGUUUCCGAAUGGGUUGUGAAAGAACUGUGAAAAUGUUGGUCAUUGGACUUGGAGGUAUAACAAAUGGAGGGAAAACAACUCUGGCAAAAAGGCUUAAGAAACAGCUUCCAAACUGUACUAUACUCUCUCAAGAUGACUAUUUUAAGCCAGAAUCUGAAGUGGCUGUAGAUGACCGUGGAUUUUUGCAGUAUGAUGUACUUGAUGCCCUGCAUAUGGAAAAAAUGGUGGCAGACAUACGCUCUUGGAUGACAAACCUUCAAGACUCUGCAUUGACAAGGCCACUGCAUGAUAAUCAAAAGGGAGUAAAAGACACCCAUGUCUUAAUUGUUGAGGGCUUCCUUCUGUAUAACUACAAGCCUCUCAGUGAUAUAUGGAAUAAAAAGUAUUUCCUAACAAUUCCUUACGAAGAAUGCAAGAAGAGAAGAAGCACACGAAUCUAUAACCCACCAGACCCCCCUGGAUACUUCGAUGGGCAUGUAUGGCCAAUGUAUCUGAAACAUAAGAGAGAGAUGGAAGAAAAUGAAUCUGGCAUCGUUUAUUUGGAUGGAACUCAAUCACAGGAAGACCUUUAUUCAAGGCUAUACAAUGAUAUAGCACAAGAAUUGGAAAAGUCAAAUGAUCGUGGUGCUAUUGUGCAUGUAUAAAGCCUUGGCCUCGAUGAGAGCAAUAACAAACCCCAUACAUGAAUAUUUUAAUAUGUUGUGGCUAAAACAAUGUUUUAAGAAGCAAACUGAAGCCCUUCCAAAGCAGUACUGAAAUGAUAACAUAUGUGACAUUCUCAUGGAUAUGCUUUCCAGCUAGUUUAUUUGGAGUUACUGUUCUCUUGCAAUGGUGCCAUCCAUUUGGAAUCAAAACCCUAAAACUUUCAGAGUUUACUAAGAAUGUUUGGACAGAAGAGAAAUUAUGUUUCAUCUCAUAGAUGCUUCCUUCCAGGUGCUCAACAGUCUCUCCUCCUUCCUUAAUGCAACAGUGGAGCUAGACACAUCCACUGUCCUUUUCCUCAACGUAACAAAGAGGGGCAAACUUUCUAUUACCCUGCCUGCCCUUCAGUGUUUUCCGCUCCACUCUCCUGAAUGCAUCCUUUGUGAUACGUCUGUUCCUCCAAUGUGAAUGGCAUUGCAAGCAAGGCACCCUUCAAUGGAGCAUCAGGAUACUUUUGUAAGGCUCAGUAACUUAAACAUAUUU